CUCUCUCCUCCAGACUGCAUGCAGUUUGGUAUUAAAAUGUUUCCAGCACAACCAACCAUUGUGUUGUGGCACAUUUGAGAUGAUAGAUGCACGUUUUUUUUUUAACCAAAGCAUAACAUCAAAUUGAUACCCGGGGGGACUGACAGGCGCUCGUGCGGGCUGUUCAUUUUGAGAGGUUGCAGAGCUGCUGCACGAGAGAGAGAGCGAGCGAGCGAGCGAGCGUCAGUCAGUCAGCCAGUCAGGUCGGACGGCGGCGGAGAGGCCCCAACCGGACGGGAACACGGGGGAACCAUGGCCAACAUCGCGGUUCAGAGGAUAAAACGGGAGUUCAAGGAGGUGCUCAAGAGCGAAGAGACGAGCAAAAACCAGAUAAAGGUGGAUCUGGUGGAUGAGAACUUCACAGAACUGAAAGGGGAGAUAGCAGGGCCGCCUGACACGCCAUAUGAAGGAGGUAGAUAUCAACUAGAAAUUAAAAUUCCAGAGACGUAUCCAUUCAAUCCACCAAAGGUGCGGUUUAUCACGAAUAUCUGGCAUCCCAACAUCAGCUCAGUCACAGGUGCAAUAUGUCUGGACAUUCUCAAAGACCAGUGGGCAGCAGCUAUGACACUGAGGACAGUCCUCCUGUCGCUGCAAGCCUUAUUGGCAGCUGCAGAACCAGAUGAUCCACAAGACGCCGUGGUAGCCAAUCAGUACAAGCAGAACCCAGAGAUGUUCAAACAGACAGCGAGGCUCUGGUCUCAUGUCUAUGCAGGCGCUCCCGUCUCAAGUCCGGAGUACACGCGCAAAAUAGAAAAACUCUGUGCCAUGGGCUUUGACAAAAAAGCAGUAAUAGUGGCGUUGUCGUCGAAAUCCUGGGACGUGGAGACAGCGACAGAGUUACUGCUCAGUAACUGAAUCUUGACACCCUCUUCAUCUUCCUCUUGAUCCCUAUCCCUCUCCUCCCACAAACACACCCUCUCUCUUCUGAAUUCCUUCUGUCUCAAGGCGUCUUUUCCCAAGUUGAGCCCCCCCAACCCUCCUUUAUCCCCUCUGUGUGGCAUCUCCCUCCCUGAUCAUCAAAUCUGCUGUACAACACUCCAAUCAGUCGCUCUGUGAGCUCAUAUCUCUGGUGUCUUUAAGUUCAUUCAACAUUCCACGCAUUGGUGCAAUCAGAACUUCAACCACAACUUCAACCCCUUUGAAUCAAAAUGUCAGACUUAAGACCCGCCCACGCCCGCCACGCUCCCAGCUUUUCUGGCUGUGUCCAAGAAGCGGCUGUCAGUGGCUGUCAGCGGCUUAUCCUUGCCUAUGCAGUGCAUUUACUUUCAUUUGUGAAACCUUUGUAGGAGCAAGUCAUGAAUUUCAAGGAGGCUCUUUUGGACCUGGUCAUGAUUUUUACACUUUUUCCGCUGGUUUUCUAAACAGGGAUUGAGCCAAGUCCUAAACCAAACAGCGUUUUAAAUUGUUAUCUCUUUUGUAAUUCUUUUGCGCAGUGUUUAACAUCAUUUCCUUCACUCAUCUCAAUCACAAUCAACAUUUUGGGGUACUCUAAAUUGACUAGUACAACUUAAAUUCUGGGACCCUUCAUCACUGUUUUUGAGGGCGCUAUAGUUUUUUUUCAGGUUCAAAAUGGACAUUCGGAUACAUUUGUUGUGAAGUAAAUAUAGUGCACCGCGUAGCAAACAUGGAGUUUUACAGACACCGUGUCGAACGAAGCUUAUUCCCUGUUCAGGAACCAGCUCAUAAAGUGUCACCGAGGAGUUCACACAGUAGCCAUACACAUUUUCAUGUCAUGUUUCCCCACUUCAACUGUCAGACCAACCCGAAGGUCUUGCGGCAAACCCCAGCUCCAAUCCCCACACCCUUUUUUUUUUUUUUUCUUGACAUGGCUUACUUCACCGGUCCCUUUCCCCACAUUUUUUUUAAAAAUUUCUAUUUGCUUUUGGCCUCCUGCAGGAAUACAUUUGGAUUCUUGUUUUUAAAACUGAAAGAAAAAACAAACAAAGAAAAACAUGUCAGCAGUAAUACAACCUGUCACAAGUCUGGAUGGAAAAAAAGUUCAAAAUGAGUUUGAAAAAUAUUGCAUCAUCUUAACUACGCCAACAGAUAAAUAUGUCAAAAAUGAUUCAUCUGUAAAUAAAGAUAUUAAAGUCUGUGUAAAUUAAA